AUGGCUGUGACUCUGAAGGUCCUUACCUUAAAUUCAUGGGCUCUACCGUUGGUUUAUCCUUUCGGUAGCAAGCAUCGCAAGCUGAGAAUUGAAGCGAUUGCCGAUGCGUUGUUGCACGAAGAUUACGACCUCGUUUCUUUGCAGGAGAUCUGGCGAGAGGAAGAUUACGAGUACAUUAGGCGUGUUGUUUUGGAAACGUUGCCAUAUUCGUUUUACUUUUACAGUGUGGUAAACAUUUGGUACUCGUUUUACAGCGGGUACAUCGGUAGCGGAGUAUGCGUGUUUUCAAAGUACAAGAUAGUCGAUACACUGAUGCAUCCAUAUUCACUGAACGGUUACGGUCAUCAUAUCCACCACGGCGACUGGUUCGGCGGAAAGGUGGUCGGCAUGGCUAAGCUGUUGCAUGAAGACCUGAAGAUCAACUUCUUCGCCACCCACAUCCAUGCCGAAUACAACCGGGCGAAUGACGUCUAUUUGCCGCAUCGAAUCGUGCAAGCUUACGAAUUGAGUCAACUUGUGAAAAAUCUUUCGUCAGGUGCUGACAUGUCGAUCGUUGUCGGUGAUCUGAACCUGGAAUCACAGGACCUUGGCUACAAUCUGAUCGUCUCCAACGGCCGCCUGAAGGACGCCUACUGUGAGCGGAAAGACACGCACUGCCUUAACGACUCUACGCAAGAUGGAUGCACUUGCGAAGUACCGACAAACUGCUUCACGGUUCUUGCAGGAGAAUCUAAAGUUGUACAGACGGGUAAGCGGAUCGACUAUAUUUUGUACAACCACCGCCGGUCUAUCGAUCUCACUGUGGAACGGUGUUUCACGACAUUGAGUAAAAUUCCGCAGCACCCAACGAUCAACUACUCUGACCAUGAAGGUCUUUGUGCCAUCUUCAAGCUAUGCAAAAACACCGAUGGCGAAAAUUUCGUUUCUACCGGUCAUGCGUCUUCGACAGAUACUGUGUUUCCCGAGGCGAUAAAAGUCAUCGACGAGGGAAUAAGGAAAAAUCGUUCCGACCGUAAUUUCUUUAUGGCAGCGUUAAUUUGUCUAGUGGUCCUUUAUGUUUCCACAACGAAGGCCGACGGCGACUUUGAUCGCGUGCUGUUUCAAGUUAUCUUUGCUGUUGGUCGCCUGAUGCUGUCGAUACUGAUCGGUUUUUGCUUCUGGCACGGGCGAGUCGUGUUGAGUAUGGAGCGAAAAGCGUUCCUCGCCGCCAAAGGCGGCAUGAAGCUCCUCUGUGAUUCAGAAAAGUCUGCUUAA